GUUUGUUUGUGUUGAGAUUGGAAAUGGCGGAGAGCAGAAACCAGAGCAGAGACCAGAUCCAGGACUGGGGUUUACAUUUCAGAGUGCGCCCUCAUUGAAACCCUGAAACCACCCACGAGUGAUUACCGGAGUGUCGUGCGGGUUUUGCAGCUGCAGCCCAUGGGAUACAGGUCGGACUCAAGAGGACAGGGAUUCUCUCUCUGAACCAGGUCUGGAUCUUUUUUAGCAGGCUGUGUUAGCAAGCUAAGCUAACCGUGCUGGCAGCGUUAGCUAGCUUGAAGUGUGAUUUUUUAACUACGCAGGCUUGUUUGUCAACACAAGCUUGACGUUACAUCGCACAGGAGGCAGCUAGAGUACAAUUUUCACCUCCUUCCACGAGCUAACACACUCAAGGGGUUCACCAUGCUGGGGUUAUGUGGCUGUAGAGUCCCCCCUCAGAGUCAGAGGGGAUAAAAAGUCAAACAUCUGAGGAGUAAGUUAAGCUGGUUAGCUGAGUAAGCUAGCUGUCCGAGCUGCUGUUUGCAUGGGAAUUAAUCAUCCAGCGUGACAUCUACACUGCAAGAGGAGAGGGAUCCACGAGAUCCACGGAGGACAAACACAGUCAGAGGCCAGCGGGCUUCUCCCCGCACCUGGGAUGGUGCCGUGUGACAGAGCGGCCGUGGAGCCAUAAUCCCACCGCCACCGCUCCAUCGCCUGGACUCCAAGCUGCUCGGCCACCUCUGAUCUGACCUCCCAGUCCUCCUCCUCCUCCUCCUUCCUCCCUUUAUCUUCGCUCUGAGCCCUGGACGAGGCCAUCACAGCCACCACAUGACUCGCCCACUGGAGCCCUAGAUCAAGUCAGUCCAAGCUGAAAAUGAGUGCAGUAGGGGAAAACCCUCUGGACCCUGCCACGCCAGAGUCACGCAAGAGGAAGGGCUCGCCAUGCGACACAUCAGGGCAGAGUCUGGAGAAGCGGAGACGGGAGCUGGAGUGUCGCUACAUCGAGGAGCUGGCUGAGCUGCUGUCAUCCAACAUGGGCGACAUUGCCAGCCUCAGUGUCAAACCUGACAAGUGCCACAUCCUCAAGAGCACCGUGGACCAAAUCCAGCAGAUGAAGCGGCGUGAGCAGGAGAAAGCAGCCCUUCUGUCUCCGGAUGACGAGGUGCAGAAGAGCGACAUCUCGUCCAGCAGCCAGGGGCUGGUGGAGAAGGAGGCGCUGGGGCCCAUGCUGCUAGAGGCCCUUGAUGGGUUUUUCUUCGUCGUCAACCGGGAGGGCCGCAUCGUCUUCGUCUCAGAGAACGUGACGAGUUACCUUGGAUACGCCCAGGAGGAGCUGAUGACCUCGAGUGUGUACAGCAUCCUCCACGUGGGAGACCACAAUGAAUUUGUUCGGAAUCUGCUGCCUAAAAGCCUAGUAAACGGAGGACCGUGGCCUCAGGAACCUGCCCGGAGGAACAGCCACACGUUUAACUGUCGCAUGCUGAAGAGGCCGCCGGACGAGCUGGAUUCAGAAAACCCCGAGGCCCGGCAGCAGUACGAGAUCAUGCAGUGUUUCACCGUGUCCCAGCCGCGGAGCAUGCAGGAGGAAGGAGACGACCUGCAGAGCUGCCUGAUCUGUAUCGCCUGUCGGAUGCCUCGCGCCCAGCCUUUCAGCACUGAGUCUUUCAUCACCAAGCAGGACCCCACAGGGAAGAUCAUCUCCAUAGAAACAAGUGCUUUGCGAGCCACAGGCCGGCCUGGCUGGGAGGACCUGGUCAGGAAGUGCAUCUACGCUUUCUUUCAGCCGCAGGGCAAAGAGCCCUCCCACGCCAAGAAGCUGCUGCAUGAGGUGAUGACCCACGGCACGGCCAUCAGCCCGCUGUACCAUUUCACGUUAAGUGACGGCACCCCGCUCAGCGCUCAGACCCGCUGCAAGUUCUGCUGCCCCCCCAACCCUGACGUUCAGCCCUUCAUUAUGGGCAUUCACACUAUUGACAGGGAACACAACACUGCUAGCUCUCAGGAAAACACUAACCCCAGCCUUCCACCCAACCUCGGCAGCCUUGCCCAAACUCCCUCCCGCUCCCCGUCCCUUCCUCCCGGCAGCAACUGGACUCAAGGCGCAGGCGUCGCCGCCAACAACAGCAACGCCUCCUCCCACGGACACAACCCAACCACACCCACAGGCUACCUGACGCCCAACCGGACCUGCUCCCAGCAGGUCAACAACCCCUCCCCUUUGAGCAGCCCACUCACAGCCACCCCUACCUCUUUUAUGUCGCCCAGGAUGCCACGGGCUAGUCCUGGGUCAGGGGGGAGUCCUCGGGUAACGGGGAACCCCUUCUCUCCUUCCACGCCAGGCCUCCAUUCCCCGACCGGGGCGCUAAGCGGCGGAGGCGGCCUCAACAGGCAGCAGUCUGGCGGUGAUAGUAGUAGUAGUAGUAGUAGUAGUAGUAGUAGUAGUAGUAGUAGUAGUAGUAGCGGCACCAACGGUGGGUCAACGGGGUCCUUCUCCUUAUCUUCUCCUGCCCCUCAGAGACAGACCAGUACACCCACCGGCACCCCUACUCGGCCUCCAUCUGCAAAACCCCCAGAGGAAGGAGAAGGAGGGGGAGAGGACUCUGUAAAAGCCCCCCUUCCUUCCGCCUCGCCGCUGGGAAACCCCAGACCGAACCAGCUCCUGGAAAGCAAUGGGACAGGAGCGGAUUCUAACAACAACAACAACAACAUCCAUUGCACCUCAUCACCUCAUCCUCCAAACCCUCCCCCUGUUCCUCAGUGCCCUGCCUCACACAGCACUCUGACAGAGAGACACAAGAUCCUGCACCGGCUGCUCCAGGACACCAGCCCCAACGAUGCCUCAACCACCACAGAGGAAGGAAACAACAAAAACCAAGUAGAGAUCAAGAAGGAGCCGCCUGCCAGUCCUGCACUGGCUGCUGGAGGUCCUAAAUCCAACUCCAGGGAGCCUCAGGACCACCAGCUGCUCCGGUUUCUACUGGAUACAGACGAAAAGGACUUGGGAGACCUGCCGCCUCCGUCUGCUCUCAGCCUGCAGACCGUGAGAGUAAAGGUGGAGAAGAGAUCCAGCGUGGAGGGACCGGUGUGUACGGGAUCUACUACUCCAUCAGCGGGUGCAUCCAAACCUGCAGGACUCUCCAGCAGCCCGGCAUGCAUGAGUCCAAAAUCGAGCCCUGUGGGAGAGAACCGCAGAGACAGCCGCAGGGACAGCCGGGACUCGACGAUGUCGGGCGGCCCUGUUGACAUGGACCCUCUCACCCAGCUGCUGCCUGGCCUGAGAGGCCCGAGUGGGGCCAAGCAGGGCGGCGAGGAUUCAACAACCCCUGGAGGAGGCCCCCAGAUACACUCUCCAGCCCCCCAACCUCCAGCUCAGCUCCAGUCCCCCGUGCCUCAGCUCCAGUCCCCCCUGUCCCAGCCUCAGUCCCUUCCCCAGUUGCAUUCGCCGUCACCGCAGCUCCACUCCCCCUCCCCCCAGCUCAAACUGCAGUCGCCCACCCAGCUCCAGCCCAGUGAGGCCAGCACUCCCCGCAACGUCAAUGUGAAGAGAGAGCCUCCAGGCACUCCUAACCGAGGGCUCACCGACGGCGGCCCGCCCAGCCUCCAGAGUCAGUCAUCCUUCGAUUUCUGCGGCCCGCCCACUCCAGGCCAGACGCAGGCCCAGGGACAGGGAGACCCCUACCAGACCCCCAAAGACAGCAGCCCCUUUCCUGAGGCGGAAGUCAUCAACCCCUUCAGUUCAAGCACUGGUCUGUCCAAGAUGGAUGUGGGAGACUCCCAGUUCCAGCCUCUGGCGCUGUCCGACACCUUGUCCUUCGAUGGUCUUGGAACGCCUCUACAAGCUCCCUUGGCAUCCCCACAAGAGCAGUGUGUCCCCUGCACGCUGGACGAAGUGCUCGGCCCUCCGACCACACCCGAAGGACGCAACGACGAGAAAGCUCUGCUGGAGCAGCUCGUCACCUUCCUCAGUGGGACGGAUGAGAGUGAGCUGGCUGAGCUGGAUAAAGCCCUGGGGAUCGACAAACUGGUACAGGGCGGCUGCUUUGAACCUGUGACCCAAACCUUCCCAUCCCAGCAAUCCACUGCCUCUCCAGCCCCCUUGGACCCUAAACUCCCCUCCUACCCUUCCCAAUUCACACCAGCUCCUCAAGCUCAGUUUCCCGCAGAGCUGGCCACUGUAGGGCCACAGGGUCUGGGGUUUGGGGCCCCUAGGGAGGCUUUCCCUGCUGGGACGGCUGGCUUGGGACUGAGGCCCGGAUUGACGCGACCACAGGGGAUGAGCGCCCAGCUCAGGCUGCCACCCAACCAGCUGCGCCUGCAGCUGCAGCAGAGACUGCAGGGCCCCCAGCAGCUCCAGAACAGGAUGGCAGGCAUGAAUCAGUUUCCAGGAGGAGCCCAGCAUGUGAACAUGGGGAUUCGUCAGGGGGUCCAGCAACCUCAGAUGCCCUCACAACAGCCUCCGCUGAACGCCCAGAUGUUGGCCCAGCGUCAGAGAGAGCUCUACAGCAUCCAACACCGCCAGCGCCAGCUUUUCCAGCAGAAGGUCAUGCUGAUGAGACAGAACUUGGCGACUCCCACCGGAGCCGUCGGGACCAUCGGAACCGCCAGAGUCCCAAAAGGUCCGGCAACAACACCUCAACCGCAGCCGCAACAACAGCAGCAGCAGCAGCAGCAGCAGUUCAACUUCCCGGCAGGGUACAGCCCGAUGACGGGAAAAUCCCCUACCUCACCAAGUCACUUCAGCCCCAUGAGCGGGGGCCCUCUGGACAACAAGCUGUCCCCCAGACUUCCUCUGAAUAACCAGACGCUGAUGGGCAGCGUGCAGGGACAGUUCAGCAGCAACGUGAACUCGACUCUGCAGCAGGGCCUGUUUCAGCAGUUUGGAGGGUCAGCUUUGGUCCAGCAGGACCCGCCUUUCCCUCCCGAGAUGAGCCCGACCAGCCCGUUAUUGUCACCUCAGAGCGCCACCUCCCAGAGUCCCCUGCUCCAGCAAGCCCCGCCUCCUGGCUACCAGUCACCAGACAUGAAGAGCUGGCAACAGACAGGCAUUGCCAGCAACAGCCUGUUCAGUCAGUCAGGACAGAGCGCAGGGCAGGCUUUCGGCCAGCAGGGGGUCUACAACAACAUGAGCAUCACCGUCUCCAUGGCCGGGGGCUCGGGUGUUGUCGGAUCAUUACCUCCCUUGGGGCAGACGGUCGGCUUGAGCAACAGUAACCUCAGCAGCGUCGGCUCAGUGUGCAGCGACCAGCAGGUGCAGCAGGUUCAGGUCUUUGCGGACGUCCAGUGCACCGUCAACCUGGUGGGCAGCGACUCCUACCUGAACCAGAGCUCCAUUGGCACCGCGGCCUCCCAGAAGGCUCCGGGACCCCAGGGCUCCCAGAACAACCAGGCCCAGCAGAAGAGCCUCCUCCAGCAGCUGCUCACCGAGUGACGACCCCACCCACCUCCAGCUCUCCUGCUCUUACCCUCUACUUCUCACUUCUACGCCUCCUCCUCGGAGGUCGGUGCACCAGACCCAUUGCUGUCUCUGUCUCACCUUUUCGGAUGGAUGGAUGGAAGAAGGAUGGAUGUGUGGACGGCCGCGGCGCGUUGGCUUCAGAGUGGUCCGCGGUGGGCCCUCACCACUUCUGUGCGACCGGCGGCGGCGGUGGAUCCUGGGCCGGUUUUGUUUUACCGCCCAGAACUUAAAGAAGAAAAGACUCAAGUCAGAAGGAGCAGCAGUGUAUUUAAACCUGCCUGUCUAAUCUGUCUGACAACCUGUCUGUCUGCCUCAGCCUAUUUAAGGCAGUGUUGUCUCGCUGCUCAUUCCUCGGUGACCUACUUCUGCUUCCUGACCCAAGAAAACAACUGCGACAUCAUUUGUAGAUUUGCCAAGUUGUCGUCACUGUCAAAUCAGGGCCGGCCUCUUUUUUUUAUUUUUGUUGUUGUUGUUUUUUCUCUCUCUCUCUCUCUGCUGGACCGUCACGGCAGAAGCAGCAGCAGCAGCAGCAACAGCAGCAGCAGUGCAUCUUGGGAGCAUGAGUUCCAGCAUACAGCUGAGCUCUUAAAAAGUGUGGGAUUAUCCCACACGUUAGCAGCACCUCUGGCUUUUUUUUUUUGUUUGUUUUUUAUUUGAGUUUUUCCUCUACCUGUCUCUCAGCGAUGUGGGAAUGUGUAAGGUUUCAGACCUCUGUGGCAUUGUGGGAUAGAAGCUCAGUAUCAGCUGGUUCUGUGACUGUCUCUCUCUAUCAGCUACAGUGCCUGGUGGAAGUUUGAGUUUUUCACAAGCUCUGCUUCUUCUUCUUCUUCUUCUUCUUCUACUUCUACUACUUCUUCUACAUAUUAUUUUAUCUCCUGUUUUUUUAUUUUCAGUGGAAUUGUUUUGUUUAAAAAAAAAUCUUCUGCUCUCACCGUCAUCUUCAUCGUCAUCAUGAUUCAUGAUCAUCAGAACAAGCUUUGACAACAGCCAGAACGGAUGGAUGGAUUGAUUGAUGGAUGGAUGGAUGGAUGGAUGGGAGACAGACGGGAUGCUGCUCAGUUUGGAACUUACGUGUCUUUCUUCCACACAGGAGGAAGUUUUAUUUUUAUUAUUUUUCAAAGUAUAAAAAAAUAAGACUGUUAUGAUUAUUUAACUGUCUGUCCGUCACAUUUUACCCCUCACCUCAGCAGCUGUGAAUACAGAGCCCUGUGUGGUUCUUCUUCUUCUUCUAUCUAUCUCUCUCUCUCUCUUUCUCUCUGUGUAUCUUUCAUGCUAUCUCUCGGCCUAUCAGUGUUGUUUGCCAUGUGCACCAUGCAGGCGGGUAGUAUUGUACAGUACAGAAGGACAAAGACUUGUGGAUGAGCUCACUCUUCUCUUGUAACUGCUUUCCUUUUAAAAAAAAAAAAAAGAAACAAAGUGUAAUUAAUUGAUGACUCAGAAAAACAGCAAAACUAUGUAUAAUGUGAUUCGAUCCAGGUUUUUAUUUGAACUCUAAUAAUGUCACCUCAUGGUUUUUGGGAGAUUAUUUUCAUUUUGGCAUCAUGGUAUUGUGAUACCGCAGUGGAGGAGGAAGUUUUUACCAACUUCUGAAAUGUGAAAAGCAAAUUUAAAGAUUAAGAAAACAUAGCUAGGGUUUCAUUCCUGCUCAGUGCGAAAAGGGGGGUUUCUCUUGUGGCAACCAGGGAGCCAUCUUUGCUUGCUCUUUUUUUAUUCUUAUGUAUGUACAAUACUUUCAAGAGAACUUUUCAGACAGUUCAAGUGUUUGUAACCAUUGUAUUAAAAAAGAAAAAGCAAAAUGAUACGUUAAGGUUGCGAUCUUUGCUGCGAUCACACGACCUCCGGGGGAUGCUAACGGUACUCAUGUGCAUUCGUGUCGAAUCCGGAUCGCAGCAAACAACGCACUUUAUGUUAUUGUUCCUAUAUAAUGACAUUUAAGUAGAGGCUUUAGAGUAGAAGUUCCUAACAAUGAUGUGAUGGGUAAUUCAUUUAAAGCUGUCAUGAAAUUGAAAAACGGGGCGGGGGUUGAGUCUCAAAAAAAGGUUCCUGUUUCUCCUGCAGACCUGUUUUUUUAUUCUUUUAAAUCAGUGUUUUAUUUUGUAUUCUUUUUUUGGGAUUCAACCCUCUCCUCCCUCCACCUCUGGUUCCCCCUGAUGAAGACUUCACUCCACUGGCGACACACACACACACACACACAUACUCAAACACACACUCGUACAGUUUUCUGUCGACUACUGUUGCUCAGUCAGACACUGUGUCUCUCAGCGAUAACAGACCUCUGUUAACAAUCAAGGAUCACACACACACACACACACACACACACACACACACGGACAAAAUGUGCUUCUUAUUGUACACCGAACCCUCCUAAGAUGCUGCCUCUGAAUACACACUUUGAAAUGCUGAGUCAUGGGCUCACUCUGAUGCGUUCAAGUGACCUUUUUCACAGGACUCCCUAAAACCACUGUUUUCAAUUCAGGCCAAAUUAAAGUGGUGUUUUUAUUCUAACCCUCAAAUCACAACAUCUUCCUACUUCUAAUUUAGGAGUUUUGUUGCCUUAACUGAACCAUAAGCCAUUAAUACUAAUUGUUGAGUCAUUGGACUUAAUUCUUUCCUUCUAAAUUAUGCUGUAUUAAAGUCAUAGACUGUAUAAAAAAUGGGCGGAGUUUCUGAAGCGCUGUUUUGAAGCCGAUGGUCGGCGGGUGCCAUAUUGGAAAUCCUGAACUCAACCUAACUUCGUCCAAGCUAGUGUGAGGUAAAGAGGCGGGCAUUUAACCUUUUUGCUAACAGCUACAGGGUGCCUGCCUGUCAAUUAAGUCCGCCAUGCCCUUAUUUGGGCAAAAUUCGUAAGUUUAAGAUAAGCGUAAAUACGAGAUAUGAAAAAAUUCUACCCCGUACAGUAUGUGCCGAUCAUAGACUGUAUAAAAUAUGGACGUAGUAUCCGUGACGUCACCCAUCUGUUUCUGAAGCGCUGUUUUGAGGCCAAUCAUCAGCGAUUGUGAGGUAAAGAGGCGGGCUUUGAGCCUCCUAGCCAACAGCUACAGUUUUCCCGCCUGUCAAUCAAGUCAGCUGUGCCUCUCAUUGGAGGACUCGUAAUCUUAAUAUCUUCGAAAUUGCCUCAUUAGAAAAAAAUUCAACCCCCCAAUGUGUGCCGAUCGAGAAAUUAGCUAUCCAGACUACAAUCGUCUUUUGAACCAGGCCGUAAACAUGUUUAUUUCUGCUGUAAAGAUCAGCUUUUUUGAAUUGGUGUGUAUGUGGUUUCUGGUGCUCCCGGAGCCAGCCUCAAGAGGAUACUUGAUGAACUGCAGUUUUUAGCACUUCCGUAUUGGACUCAUAUUUUUAGACCGGAGGUUCUCGCCUGGUGCCGAUAGAGAAAUAAGCUAUUCGGACCUAAACUGUUUAUUUAACCAGGCUGUAAACAUGUUUAUUGGGGUUUCUGCAGUCAGCCUCUAGUGGACGCUUGAUGAACUGCAGUUUUUAGCACUUCCGCAUUGGCUUCAAAUUUUAAGACCGGAAGUUGCGGCUUGAUUUCAGUGCAUUAUUGUUCUAAAUAUGUUCAAAUACAACCUACAUAUUGCCUUGUUUGAGAAGUUGUCAACAGUAAAGUAAAAGUAAUUCAAAAUUUUGCAGAAAAAGUCCUGCACAAGUCGCUCCAUGCUAGCAAAAAUUCACAGAGCAAAAUUAGAAGUGUGUUUUUGUAAAUUGAAGAAAACAGCGAUGCAGAGAAUGAUAGUUUGGAUUCACAGGCUUCCUUUGGGUUUAAUCUGUGAGUUAUUAGGUUCUGGAUUAUCCGCCGAGUCCAACAAACAAGAUAUUGUGAUUUAAGGGACUUUCCUUUUUUUUUAAUCGGGGAUGAUUCAUUAAGGGAGAAGCAGGGAUUUAAACAACCACAAGGGUUACUCAGUGUUUCCACGAAUUUGCCACAUCUGUUUCCAGCACGAAAUCCCACGCUCCCUGAUUGAACAACUCCUCGUCUAUUCUUUUGUCCCAACUCUAUCGUGUAAAAUUUGAGGCAGUAUCCUUGGAGAGGGUUUUUGCACACAGCCCAGACAUCAAAUCCAGAUAUUAGAACUCACAAAUAGACCCCCUGUAACGUCACACGCUCGCAAUAGGUCAACAACACCCAGUCUGAUGCUCCUGCAGUGGAUUUUAGGGCUCUCCUGUGUACUGUUUUUACAGAGACGCCACAUAUAUAAACCGUAUGCAACAGAUACAGAGGGAUAGUAUGCAAAGGUCAACAUUCCACCCACCGACUCCUCCAAUGUUGUAUGAUGUGAGAACCACUUUGUGCUCAGCUGAAAAGCCUCUGUGUGUGUAUUCAAAACGUGUUUGUGUGCAGAUCGAUGCACUGUGUAUCCAAACAGAGGCCCAGGAUUUCAACACCUUUUCUUUCUGUGUCAUUUAAAGACAGAAAACACUCUGCCUCCUGGACUCAAACGUCUACCAAGACUCUCUCUGAGAUGGUUUUUUUAUUUUUCUAUUUUUCUGUGUAUAUUUAUUAGAGAAGCAUGUGGAUAAAUCAUCACCUUUUUAUUACCUCAUUGUUGUUUUAUCAGGCAGGAGUUCUGUCUGGUAAUCUUUCCUUUGGACCGAGUUUUCACACUGUGAGCGACUUUGUAAUGACCGUUGAGCUAAAUGUUCCACCUCCCUUAAAUGUCUCCUAUCUCUGAUCCAGCUUCUCUGAAGUCCAAGCACUUAUUGAAAUUCAAACACGCAAAAAUCCGAUCAGCCGAUUGGCUCCUAGAAUGUAAAGAACUGUAUCGUCUGCAUACGUAGACAUCCUGCAGAUUCUUAGCUGUUUUGGGACUCAACUCUAAUACUUCUUCAAUCGCCUGUUCUGAUCCAGCUCUUCUGACAUUUGAGUACUCCUUAGAUCUCAAAUGAACCCCUAAGAAUCUUGUUAGAUGGAUUUCCAGAGUGUAAAGAACUGUAUCGUCUGCAUACGUAGAUAUUCUGCAGAUCAUCAGCUGUUUUGUGGCUGAACUCUGACACUCACCUUGUGGCACUUUCAGUCAUUCUGAUUCUGCUCUUCUGGUUUUGAAGCACUUCUUAAAUUUCACACAGACAGCUGAUUGGUUCCUAGAAUGUAAAGAACUGUAUCAUCUGCAUACGUAGAUGUUAUGCAGAUUUGUAGCUGUUUUGGGACUCCACCUUGAUACUUCUUCGAUUGGCCGUUUGCAAGUUCAGUUAUUCUAAUCCAGCUCCUCUGACAUUUUAGUUCUGCUUAGAUCUCAAAUGAACCCAUAAGAAUCUUGUCAGAUGGAUACAGAACUGUAUCAUCUGCAUAAAAAGACAUUCUGCAGAUUGUCAGCUGUUUGGUGGCUAAACUCUGAUACUUGUGGCACUUUCAGUCAUUCUGAUUCUGCUCUUCUGGUUUUGAAGCACUUAUUAAAUGUUACACAGACAGCUGAUUGGUUCCUAGAAUGUACAGAAUUGUAUCAUUUACAUAUGUAGAUAUCCUGCAGAUUCUUCGCUGUCCUACGACUUAACUCUGAUACUUUUUUGAUGCACCUGCUUGACGCUACCUUUGGUCAAGUUCAGGCACUCUGAUCCAACCCUUCUGACAUCGAAGCACUUAAUAAACUUUAAACAAACACACUUAUGUCUUGUUAAACAAAAGACGGUUGGUUCCUCCAAUGUAGAGAACUGUAUCAACUGCGUAUAGAUGUAUCUGUGAUCGAACUCUUGUGCUUCUCUGAGUUCAGACUGACUUGUGAAAUCUAAGCAGGCAUUUUUUUUAAAGUCUAAUGCUUUGCUUAGGUUGAGAUUAGCAAAUAAUUGGAAAAAAAAUAAGUCCAUCUUUGUUUGAGUUUCUCAGAAAUGGCUAAAAAUUUAAUAUACAAAAAAACUGGUUUGAGACAGUAUCAGCAAUCGAUUCCCUUUUUUCUGAUAAUCAAAUGAAGUAAGGAGAUUAACAUUUGUGCUACAUCCAAUCCCACUACCUUGAUGUUGGUCUCCACAGGAUUGCGUGAAAUGUAACGGAGUCUCAGAUUUAAACUUCCCUCUACCUCCAAACUGAGGCUUUCCGUUACUUCUCAUGAGCUUGUGGAGACGCGAAAAACAAACUACUUUCUAACCCCAGAACAAGAAGCUCUUAAGUUAAAGUGAACCUGAUUCAUGCUGGAGAUACUAAGGAGGCAACGCCACAAUGAAAAUAAAUUGAAACGAUGUUGACGUUGAUUGACAGCACUUAAAUUCUUGUCAAUUUGACUCUUCCUUCGCUGCGCUGUCAGGAAACAAGAGCCCUGAAAUCAAAUUCACGGACUUCCUUUUAAACGUUUUGUUCCUCACAGUGUGAACGCGUCGGUCGGACCCUCCUGUGCCACUGUUUGGUCGAUGUAUUCAAAUACUCCGAAGAGACAGAAGCUGCACAAAGUGGAAGAAUGUAUUUUCUGGAAGGAUUCUGCCAGUCUCAGCCUCCUCUUGUUCCUCUGCUCUGAUUAUUUCACACAUACAGUAUUGAAAGCCCUCCUACCUCCUCCUCUUCCUCUUCCUCCUCCUCCUCCUCCUCCUCCUCUCUCCUCUCACUUCUUCUGCGUGGAAUAGGCAUUCCUAUGGAAAUGGUUUCCUCUACAACCCUGUUAAACUGCAGAAAAAACUCAACUCUCAAAUCUCUCAUCCUGUGUUUGUAACAAAACCGACAUGCCAAAUACAACCAAUGCAUAUGUACUCUGUUUUUUUUUUUUUGAUUUUUGAUUUUGUAUGCAAAACAGCCAUUCAGUGGAAACAACAGUCCCUCCUUCCUCACUACGAUUAACAGGUACAAGGUUAGGUUCUUUUGUAACAUUCAAGAUGUUAACAUAAUGUAUAUAACAGAGAAAUGUGAAUAUGUAUUUGUUCAGAAUCAACAAAAAAAAGUAGUGCUCCGAGAUUGUGGUAAAAAAAAAAACUACUCGCCUCCGUCAUGUUUUUAUUUUAUGUUUUCUACUUUUUUAUUUUUCUGAUGACGUGUGUAUGUAUAUGACUAUCAGUGAGUGCGUAUGUAUGUAUGUGUGUAAGUGAUUAAUACUGUAUAUCUGGUGUUCUCGAAGAUGGAAAAGUGGAAGAUG